AUGCAGCUCUUGAAUACCAUCGUCUCAGCUUUCCUGCUCACCGCAGCUGCCUCCGCACAAUCUGCCACCCAAUCUGCCCCCCAAGCUUCAGGUACCGCAGGAGCAGGUGGUGAUGUGAAAGUGCACGUUGUCCAAGUCGGUCUCAACGGCUCCCUUGAGUUCUCGCCAAAUAGCAUCCAGGCCAAUCCUGGAGAGGUUGUCCAAUUCCAGUUCAUGGCAAAGAACCACUCCGUCGUCCAAUCAGCCUUCAGCGAUCCAUGCGCUCCCAUCAAUACCGUCAUGUCGAACGUCACUGGCUUCAAGUCAGGCUUCAUGCCCGUCAAGGACAGCAUCCCCGUAUUCUCAGUUAUGGUCAACGAUACCAAGCCCGUUUGGGCUUAUUGCAGCCAAGUUGGUCACUGUGCCAAAGGCAUGGUUUUCGCCAUCAACGCCCCUACCACUGGAGCCAAGACCUUCAGCGCCUUCCAGGCCAUGGCUAUGAACGGUACCUCUUCUUCCUCUACCAGCGGUUCCGGUUCCGGUUCCAGCGGAAGCAGCAGCAGUGGCAGUGGCAGCGGAAGCAGCAGUGGUGCCAGCGGUAGUGCCAGUGGAAGCGCAGCUGCCUCUUCCAGCACUGCUGUUCCCAAGGCUGGUGAUGGUGCUAAGCCCAUGGUGGAUAUGACAAUGCUCAUGCUCGUUGGCGUCUUUGGCUUGUUCUUCGCCGGUUUUUAG